GAGAAGUUUGUACGAGCCCAAUACCAAUGUCCUCCGACACCGCCGCGUCGUGCCUGUUGGACGUUGUUGUCUUCGCAGGCGGCGACUCUCUGGAUCUUAUGCCCCUGAGCACGGUGGAGCAGAAGACGAUGCUGCGCAUUUGUAAUCGACCGCUCAUUUGGUACACCCUCACACCGUGGAUCGACGCGGGCUUCGCUACCUUUUUCUUGUGCGUCAACGAGGACUACGCCGCGCUGCGUGCGUACCUGUCCCGCGCCUUCAGCGGGGUCGACUUCCACUACAUACUCGUUCCCUCGAAAGUCGGCGACCACGCCUCCACCACCUGUGACGCCGUGAAGGCGUACCUCUGCUACAAGGAGGCGCUCCGGCUGGGCGAGGAGGGCCCACUAAUUGCCUCCGCAGACGUGGGCGAGCGGGAGGCCUCGCCAGCGAGUACGGAGCGCGCCGGGUCGACGUCGGGCACUCGCGACGCACUGCGUCAUCGAGGCAGUGGUGCAGGUGCGACCGCAGGCAGCAACGCUCGUCGCUCCACCACCGGCGGUAGCCGCGACCCGCUGAAGCUGGAGCGCGUGAACAGCGCAGGGCUUCCGCGCGAUGCAAUUCUGCUCAGCUGUGACUCCAUCUUGGUCGAUGUGGAUAUCGCCAGCUUCGUGGAGCGCCACUACACCUCCCUCGCCUCGGUGACGUCGAUGCUGUACCGUCCGCUGCGCAAACGUGCCGGGGAGCAGAAGGGCGGAGGUGGUCGCGGCAAGGGUGCGGCGGCGGCGGCAGCUGCAGCAGAGGCCCCGCAGGCCUCCUUCACGCACGCCUUCUCGUGUGUCGCCUAUGAAGAAAACGAUGCGACCAGCUCAAUGGCGCUGGGCACCCCGUGUGGCGCCGGCAGCGGCAGCGCUCUCACCUCUUACGUCCAAGGCGGAGGGCAGUCCGGCCAGCAUACAAGGGCGACCUCGCCGUCGUCUUCCAAGCUUCACGGGUCAGCAGCCGCUGCUGAGGAGGAGUCGCAUGUCAGUCACCACCGCCUGCAUUACAUUUACCCCCUCGAAGGUAAGCCGGAGGUGCGCAUCACCAUGGCAUUUGCGGCACGCCGCCCUGACUUGACCUUCGCCGCCGACGUUGUGGAGGCGCACGUGUAUUUAGUGAGCCGCUGGGUGUUGGACUUCAUCGCCGCGUCCGCCGGCAUCGCAGACAUGAUGGUGCGCAAGGACAUCAUUCCACUGCUCGCGCGAAGCCAGCACACGAUGGUGAACGCGUCGGAGAAGUCCUUCGUCACGCCGUCGGAGAAGCUGCACACGAACAUUUCGCUGCACUGGACUGGUGAGGGUGCCGACCUGUCGGUGCAGUCGCUGAACGCCGCGCGUGGCCUGCCGCUGCCGGAGGUGACGGACCCGUUGCGGGUCUUCUGCAGCAUUUACGAGGAGCACCCAGAUGUGGCGUGUCGCAUCUACCGCAUGAACACGCGCGACAACUACCGCGCGUUGCACCACGAGAUCAUCUCCGCCAAGUGCUUCCAGCUGCAACUCGAUGAGCCGGCAGCGCAGACGGGUGGCGGAGCAGCGCCGUCUCGCCGCAGCGCUCCACCGUCGCUGCUGCAACACCACGGCACCUUCGGCCACCACGGAGGACCUCAAGACGCACACGCAGACAGCAAGCCUUCGCCGUCUCUCGGUGCCCUCGCGCUCGCCGCUCUCCUCCCGGACAACCCGAUCACCAUCAAGGAAAAGAUAGCAGAUCAGCAAGUCUACAUUGUCAGCAGCUUCAUCGACUCCGUGCCGCCACCGAACGUAUUCAUCACGCGCAGCGUCAUCGGUGCGCACGUGAAGCUGGAGGCGGGGGCGCGUAUUACGGACAGCAUCCUCAUGGGCAACGUCGAGGUGGGUGCGAAGGCGGUGAUCGCGCACAGCGUCAUCGGCACCGGCGCGGUGGUGAACGCGGAGUGUCGCAUCGGGGGCACGAUUGUGGCGCCGCGCUGCGUGGUGGAAGAGAACGCGCAGGACACCAUAAUCGAGUGA